UCCAGCCAGCACCACUUCUUUAUAAAUUAUAGCCUUUCCACUGAUCUCAAACAUCAACUGCAACUACUCUUCCACCCUUCCCCCGUAUCCUCCUUGGACACCAUGAACCUCACCAUAUCAACACUUCUAGUUUUCUUAGCUGGUGUUUGCAAGUUCACAAUUGAGUGUCCCCAGCAGAUGUCGGAUGCUUGUGCGACUUCCGAUGGGACCCUUUCGCCGCCAAAUAAUCUUGAUUGUCACAUAACUUCGAGCGAAAUCCACUACUGUUGUCCUUCCGACAAUUUGCCACCAACAUCAUCUGGUGUUCCGCUGAACGACGCAACCCAAUAUCUGGGUUGCGUCAAAUCGUGA